AUGGCGACACUCACCAUGACGCCUCCCACUCGUCAGCCCUUUGCCAGCCUGGACUCCCCCAGGAUGCGCUCGCUGAUGCGGUCCAAACUCAACCGCCAGAACCAGCAAGCCGGUACCACCAUCUCGGCCAAACCCGCUUUCUUUGUGGAUGAUGCGGAAAACAUUGAUCCAAUUGGGGUGAGCCUCUCCGCCAAACGCAAACGCACCGGCGAGGAGGACGAUGAGACCGGCAAGGGAUCCCCCAAGCCCCUCAACCGAGUGUCGACUCCCCUCCACAAAUCGCUAUCUACACCUCGUUCUGCGCCCAUCCUCCGACCGGCCGGCCGGUCGCCUCCUUCGAAGUCAUCCAAAUCAUCCGCCCGGCCCGUCGGUCGCGGGUCGACCACGACGAAGCCGCGUCCAGAACCGAUCAAGCGCGGCGGCGUGACGCGCCCGUUCUCCCUCGCGACCGCCCUGUCCCAGGGCAAGGCGACUCCAAAGCCCCCGUCUCAGUCCAAAAGCCCCGCUUCCUGGUUCUUCGACAUCCACGUCGACUCCGAGCAGGAAGAGAUGACCAACCUGAUGCAGCACUCCACCGGCGUAUUGGAUAUCAGCGAUGACGAGAGCAAGGCCGCAGCUGUCGACAGCCGUGGCAAGGAGAACGUGCCUCCCACCGAAUGGACCCUCGACAAUCCUCCCUCGCACCUGGUAAUCACCCGGGCUGCGGCUGCGGCCCGAAAAGUUUCCCAGAUGGAAGAGGAUCGCGCCCCUCUCGGGGAGCUCCCGGCCGCCGACUUCUAUGCUGAAGGCUGCCAUGCAUUCUCGUUUGUCGUGGUGGAUGAUGAGGAGGUCGAGAAAGGCUCCGAGGCGAAGAAGAUCAUGGUCCCGCUGCCACCCAGCCAGGCAAUUUUUGUGCCGCCCACCAUCACGGCCUCGAUUGCGUCGUUGCUGGGAUCGGUAGCUCCUCCCCGGCCAGUGACAGAGGCUUUUCCAGAGAGAAGCGAGGAAUAA